AUGGGCAAUUCAAGUGAGGAAGAGUAUAAUGCAUUCUUGGAGAAGGUUAAAAGGACAAUUUAUGUGGAUAACUUGGCACCCCAAGUUACUGAAUCUGUGAUGAGAACUGCUUUUAAUCAGUUUGGGUAUGUGAAGAGUGUUCAGUUCAUCCCUGUCUAUCUCGAACCCAAGAACGCGCCAAAAUCUGCUCUUGUGGAGAUGGAAAACCCAAAACAGGCCGCGGGUAUCAUUGAGGAGAUGGGGAAAUUACCUUUCAUGAUAUUAGGGAUGCCACGGCCUGUUAGGGCGUCUGCUGCUCGACUGGAGAUGUUCGAUGAUCGUCCCAGAAAGCCUGGGCGCAAAAUCAUUUGUCGUUGGUUGGACCCUAAGGAGCCUGAGUUCGAGGUAGCGAAGAAACUCAAGGCUGCAGUGGGAAGACAUGCUGGAGAAGCAUUAACAGUGCUCGAGGCGCAACGAGCAGAGGAAUAG